AUGACGAUCGACGAGCGUCCCGAGUCGGUGGAAGAAGCCGGUGCCAUGCUGGGAGCCGCCAUUACUCUGUGUGGCACUGGGAAUACUACGGUCAAUGCACCUCCCAAGGGAAUGCAUUCUUCCUUUGGAACAGUUUCGGUUCCUUCUUCGGAUCUGCUGGUGCGACUGUACUACUUGAGAGCCUUGCUCCGUGCUUCGCCACCCCAAGAACCUCUAGUGGCAGCACCCUCCCUGCUGGCUGUGCUCAUGAAGUUGCUCGGUACAUCCACGCAAUUGGCCGCCAAAAAUAGUAAUUCCGCAGAUGCAUCCUCACGAGGAGAAGUUCCGCCCAUGAUCUCCAAUCCACUUCGAAAAUUGUGGGUGGAAUGCGUGGUCCUGUGUCAUCGCUUGGGAGAAGGCUUGUCGGGCAGUGCUCGCACCAGUCUAUUUUCGUUUCUCAAAAACAUGAUUGCCUUGGCCGGCAUGAAUCCUCGAAGUGCCAAAGCCGGUGGUGGAGCCCGUAUUGCGGCGCUCGAUGCCAUUGCAGGACUCUUUGAAGAUGAAACAUUGGCCUCCAAAAUAUCGGGAUGGGCGCACGAUGUACUGCAGCUAUGUCUGCGGGCACUGCGAUCCAGUGGAAAUGGAGAACCGUCCUUUCGCAUUUCCGCCAUGAAAAUGGGAUGCACAGUGGCGAAAGCCUGUCGAGUGGCACAACUAAAACUCAAACCAGUAGAUGGACCUUCUCAAAGGGCAUUGCUCCUUCCAGGAGGAAUGGAAGGACCUGCAGUGGUGGAAGCCAUCAAAGUUCUAAAGCAGGCAUCCAAUGACAAAUUUCCUGAAGUCAGGUCAGCUUGUGCCACGUUUGCAGCUCUCAUGGCACCCAUGCUGGUACUACCACCCAAAAUUAUGAGACCGAAUUCCAGAGAUCAGGAAUCACCCAGUGCUGCCGUUGUCAAUCUAGACGAAGUCAUUGGCAUUGCACUACGCAAUAUAGACGAUGAAUCUGCCGAAGUGGCCGAGGUGUGGUCCGAAGCACUGGCACGCUGUCUCUGUACAGCCAUUGAAGUGGGACAACGAAAGGCUGAAUCCGCAAUGGCAAAAAGAGAUGUCGAAGCCGAUCAAGACGAUCCACAACCAGGGGCACAAUCUGGGUCGGCCAAUACGGGACGGAAUGCCAGGAAAAAGGAAACUGCCGUUGCACUGUGCAAGAAUCACCGAUCCGCCAUUCUAUUCUUGAUCAAAUACUUUGUCAAAUCUGGAGGGGAGCUGUCGGCACCACGUGCGGGAGGAUCCUUCUCCGUCGGAGGACGAGCGGUCCGCGUUGGGUUGGCCAAUGCAUUGGUGCAUCUACUACGUAUUCAAUCUACUUUUGGUGGGAUCGAUGACGAAAAUGGGAUUUCCAUGCCGGACUGUGUCAGACUCGUCUUGAAAAUGUCGGGAGAGGAAGCCAGCAAACAGUUUCCACGAACCCCAGCUUCCACGCAAACAUUGGAUGUCACCACGCCAGUUACACCAGAUUUCAAACCAGGAGGGGCUGGAAAUGCUCUCUUUGGCAACAAGAAAUCAGGAGCUGACGCUGGACUCGUACGGUUGGCCACUUGCAAUGUUGUGCGGUUUGGCCUGGCGGAAUUGGCUUCGGAAAAUGCGCAGUUGAGUCUAUUACAAGACCUGAUUGGUCUUUUGAAUCCUGCCGCUGUGACCGAUCCAUCCGAACUCAAAUGCAAUCCUCAGCAGCUGCAAGUUGUACUGGUGGAAAUCUCGCAUUUGCUCAGUGCCUUGGGAGAGGCUGCUGCCUCCAAGGUCGAAGAUCUUGUCACAAACUUGAAAACAUGCCUCUGUCAUUCGUCGCAUGGAGUAAGGCACGAAGCGGCUGUAGCUUGUGGGGCGCUCGCAGACAGCUUCCCGGCAACUGGAAGAGAAUUUCUAGAAUAUGGAAUGAACGAACUUCGGUCACAGCACACUGAACUGAUGGGUGUCGCAAAUCGUAGUGAAAGCGUCGAAGUGAACGAUCCCAAGCGAUCGUUUGGUCGCAUGUUCCGACGGGCCAAGAAAGAGACGGAAAAGAAGGUGGUCGAUCCCACUCUCGUACACCAAUACACAAUUCACGGCAUUUCCCUUAUGAUGGCCAUUGUUGCCCGAGACCUUCCGCAGACCUCUGGGGGGAUAUCGCGACAACUACUUUCAGAUGUUCUGUCAGUGGCAGAGUUGCUGUCCGAAUGGCAGUUCAAUGAUCUCGUAACCAAGGCGAACCCUGCAGUUGCCUGCACUUGCAUCCGGGCCGGCUUUGGAAUCAUUACUGGUGUUUUGGCAACUGGACCAGUCGCCGUGCAACCGCACACAAAGAAGAUUUUCGAAAUAUUCGACAAAUCUUACAAAAGCUCGGCUAAGAAUGGCAACAACUUCAGCACUGAUCAUGACCUGGGCUGUGUGGAAGUCGUUCUCACAGCCAUCGUUGCCUUUUUGAGCUAUGAUUCCGAAUUGCUUCUUUCAGUUCCUGAGGCGCUUUCGCAGGUAUCAAUCAUGCUGGAAGAGCUGCUAGUGUUGUUUUCUUCCGGGGGGCGAUUUGCAAAGGAUUUUACGAACCCAGCAGCGAUUACGCGGCUGAAAAGCGCGAAGGCCUCCCUUAUGGAAGCUUUCGCAUGGCUGCCUUCUGGUUCGUUCCCAAUGGCAGCAGAUGCCGUCUUCUCGUUUGCCGGAGAGCAAAUCAAGAGAGCCAUUGCUGGGGAAGUCACGUGUUCACUUCUCCCAUCCUUAGUGUCCAAAGAGGAUGUGCUGUUGGAUGCAAAGUCUGUUUCUAGAGUCGACAGAGCAGGGCAGGUCGGAGGGGCUAAAGAAAUCGAAGAGAGCAUUGUCAUUCUUACCUCAGAGACGGCUGAUCACGGGGAAAGGGAGUCAGUUCUCCACUUUCCCGGAUCCCAUGUUGUUCAACCUUGGGAAAAGGAGUUUCGAAAGAGCCAGAUCCUGGGCAUGUUUGCUUACGAUGCCACUCAGGCACCGCCAACACCUUUGCACGCCGCGGUCGGAACGUGGCGCAAACCGGUGGAAGUUUCUUGCUCUGCCACCGUUCGACUGCUAGAUGCUGCUAUCCAGGCUUACGCUGCAACUUUUGGUCUGAAAGGCGGUAUGGAGCAACAGGAAGCAAUGGAUAUGCUUGCUCUGCUUGUGCCUCCGUUCUUAACCCAAUUGGCCAGUGUGAUCGGGUUGAACACAACGCUUUCGGAGCCCGCGAGUCGAACAAAGGCGAAAGAAGACAAUGCAGCUGUUGCAAACAUCACCGCUGUACUCCUUUCCUGCUUGAAAGCAUUGCCGCUCCACGAGGCGACCCACAAUGUUCCUAUCGGCCUAGGCCCCCCUUGGAUGAAUAAAGCGAAGGAUCUUCUGUUGACACUGCUCCCGUCGGCUUCAAAUGUAGUGCGCCGAGCCGCUGCCGAAGGAUUGGCGCUUCUUGCCACACUGGGAGUGAGCGAAGAUGCACACUUCCUUCAAUCCGCUGUGCUUCAUUCGCUCGACGAAGUCAUGCGAGGAAACCAGCCAGAUGGAAAGCCAAGGACCUUGCCCUUGGAGCCGAUCUCGGCGUCGCGGGCGGGUUCUCUUCUAACAUUAGCCUGUAUUCAACGAAUGGCGCAGACAGUCAACGAGAAAAAACUCGGCCGUAACAAAGGGCGUGCACUAAGCGCCGAGGAAAUCAUCUUGCAGGCAGAAGAGGCUCUUCCAACAUUGCAAAUGAUGACUCGAAUAUUGCCCUCUGUAACCAGACAAGGUUUCCGAGAUUUCUUCAUUGUUCAAACCCACGCGCUUCACUCGUUCGGCUUACUCCUCGGAUAUUCUUCAAAGCUGGAAAGAGAGAAGGAUAAACUGGAACCAGAGGACUUGCAAUUAUUGAGGAAAGGGGUAGAGCUAGUGGAGGAUAACUUUCUGGCAACUUGGACUGUUGCAUCGGUGGAAUUCGAUGCGGGUCAGGAGGCCGAGAAACUGGCCGCAGAAGCGUCCUUUCUUGCCGUCUUGUUGCGCUUGAUGGCUCUUCUCGUCCCUUCCCUCCACCAUAUUUCCGACAACCAGGGCGUUGCGACUCGGUUUUCAGCCAUGGCCACAAUAAUCUUGGAAGCGAUGGGUGCGCACCCUGUUGUGAGCAUCGAGGGAAUGGCUUUCUUUGAAGUGUUGGCCGGAAUCCAAGACAUGUUGCCGCCCCCUUCACAAAACCUACUGGACACUGACAACCCCCUCACUUCCUGCGUGCCUUACUUUGAUUCCAGCCUGAAACCGCGCUACGCAGGACUGUUUGCAGUUCCGAGAUGGCAAGAUAUGGGUGGUUGCCUUUCUUCAACACGAGGCAUUAGAGCUGUCUUGCGUGCAAUCAAAGUCAUGUCGCUUUCAGGGGUCUGGGAGGAGAAUGAUGUGCACUUCAUGAAGGCCAUCUUCGCUUUUCUGGAAGGGACCUGUGCGUCCAGAUGUUAUUCGAAUGCCACAUUGCACACACGGGAUUAG